AUGGACGGCCAGAAGAAAGACCCAGGGAAGUGGACCUUGCUCCGUAACGUCAACCAGGUUUUGAAACCCCCCACGCUCUUGCCGGGGGAUUAUGUAUGGAUGGACCUCAAGACGGGCCGGGAAUUUGACGUACCCAUUGGAGCAGUGGUCAAGUUGUGUGAUUCUGGGCAGAUCCAGGUGGUAGACGAUGAAGAAAAUGAGCACUGGAUAUCCCCUCAGAAAGCAAGUCACAUUAAGCCAAUGCACCCGACCUCCAUCCACGGCGUGGAGGACAUGAUCCGCCUGGGAGACCUGAAUGAAGCCGGCAUCCUCCGGAACCUGCUGAUUCGGUACCGGGAACAUCUGAUCUAUACUUACACAGGCUCAAUCCUGGUGGCCGUGAACCCUUACCAGCUCCUUCCAAUCUACUCGCCGGAGCAGAUUCGCCUCUACACGAACAAAAAGAUUGGAGAGAUGCCACCCCACAUCUUUGCCAUUGCAGACAACUGCUACUUCAACAUGCAGCGGAACAACAAGGACCAGUGUUGCAUUAUCAGCGGAGAAUCAGGUGCAGGGAAAACAGAAAGCACCAAACUGAUCCUGCAGUUCCUGGCGGCAAUCAGCGGGCAGCACUCUUGGAUCGAGCAGCAGGUUCUGGAAGCCAACCCAAUCCUGGAAGCUUUCGGGAACGCGAAGACCAUUCGCAACGACAAUUCCAGCCGGUUCGGUAAAUACAUCGACAUCCACUUCAACAAGCGAGGCGCCAUCGAGGGAGCCAAGAUCGAGCAGUACCUGCUAGAGAAAUCUCGUGUUUGUCGGCAGGCCCACGACGAGAGGAACUACCACAUAUUUUACUGCAUGUUGAAAGGGAUGACGCCCGAACAGAAGAAGAUGCUGGGACUUGGGAAGGCAGCGGACUACAACUACCUCUCUAUGGGUCACUGCAUUACGUGCGACGGCAGAGACGAUAGCAAGGAGUACUCCAACAUCCGGGCAGCCAUGAAAGUCCUCAUGUUCACCGAUACCGAGAACUGGGAGAUCUGCAAGCUCUUGGCCGCCAUCUUGCACAUGGGGAACUUGCGGUAUGAAGCUCGAACCUACGACAACCUGGACGCCUGUGAAGUUCUUCACUCGGCGUCUCUGAUCACCGCAGCGUCGUUACUGGAGGUAGAUCCUCAGGACGUGAUGAACUGUCUCACCAGCCGGACAAUUAUCACGCGGGGGGAGACCGUUUCUACCCCCCUCAGCAUGGAGCAGGCUCUGGACGUGAGGGACGCUUUUGUAAAGGGAAUCUACGGAAGGCUUUUUGUGUGGAUUGUGGACAAGAUCAAUGCGGCCAUUUACAGGCCUCCUUCUCACGAGCACAAAAGCGUCAGGCGAUCCAUCGGGCUGCUCGAUAUCUUUGGCUUCGAGAACUUCGCAGUCAACAGUUUCGAGCAGCUCUGCAUCAACUUUGCCAACGAGAACCUGCAGCAGUUCUUCGUCCGCCACGUCUUCAAGCUGGAGCAGGAGGAAUACAACCUGGAGAAUAUCAACUGGCAACACAUCGAAUUCACCGACAACCAAGACGCCCUGGACAUGAUCGCCAUCAAGCCCAUGAACAUCAUUUCGCUCAUCGACGAGGAGAGCAAGUUCCCCAAGGGAACGGACACCACCAUGUUGAACAAGCUGAAUUCCCAGCACAAGCUCAACAGCAACUACAUCCCACCCAAAAACAACUACGACACCCAGUUCGGCAUCAACCACUUUGCCGGCAUCGUAUACUACGAAACGAAUGGGUUUCUGGAGAAAAACAGGGACACGCUUCACGGGGACAUCAUCCAGCUAGUCCACUCUUCAAGAAACAAAUUCAUCAAGCAGAUCUUCCAAGCCGAUGUGGCCAUGUUUCUCUGUGGCUAUGCGUCCAGUGCUUUCGGCCCGUCAGCUGCAUUCACUCUGAAGUUGUUCGAUCGGGAGCUCUGCGUCCGUCAGCUGAGAUACUCGGGGAUGAUGGAGACCAUCCGGAUCCGCAGGGCCGGCUACCCUAUCCGCUACACUUUUGUGGAGUUUGUGGACAGGUACCGCGUCCUCAUGCCGGGGGUUAAGCCAGCGUAUAAGCAGGGAGAUCUGCGCGGAACGUGCCAGCGCAUCGCGGAAGCUGUUCUGGGCAAGGAUGACGACUGGCAGAUUGGCAAGACAAAGAUUUUCCUGAAGGAUCACCAUGAUAUGCUCCUGGAAAUCGAGAGGGACAAGGCCAUCACGGACAAAGUGAUCCUCAUCCAGAAAGUGGUCCGUGGAUUUAAGGACAGGUCCAACUUCCUGAAAGUGAGGAAUGCGGUUUUGAUGAUUCAGCGAAACUGGAGGGGGCAUAACUGUCGGCGGAAUUACGAUGCGAUGAGGAUCGGUUUCCUGCGGCUGCAGGCUCUCUACCGUUCCCGCAAGCUCCAUAAGCAGUACUACAUGGCCCGCAAGCGCAUCAUUGAGUUCCAAGCGAGGUGUCGGGGUUACCUGGUGCGUCGGGCUUUCCGCCAUCGCCUUUGGGCUGUUUUUACCAUCCAGGCCUACGCCAGGGGUAUGAUCGCUCGCCGCCUGUUCAGGCGCUUGAAGGGCGAGUACCGCCGCCGUCUGGAAGCAGAAAAACUGCGGCUAAUGGAAGAGGAACGGCUCAGGAAAGAAAUGAGCGCAAAGAAAGCCAAAGAGGAAGCCGAGAAGAAGCACCAAAUACGCCUGGCCCAGCUAGCUCGGGAAGACGCCGAGAGGGAAGUAAAGGAAAAAGAAGAAACUCGGCGGAAGAAGGAGUUCUUGGAGAAGAUGGAGAAGGCCCGAAACGAGCCGGUGAAUGACUCCGACAUGGUGGAUAAGAUGUUUGGAUUCCUGGGGACAACGACUUCUAUGCCCGGACAAGAGGGACAAGCCCCUAACGGAUUUGAGGAUCUGGAGAGGGUUCCAAAGGAGCUGGAGGAAGAUGACCUGGAUACAGCCUUACCCUUGCCGGAGGAAGAGGAGGAGGAUCUCUCCGAGUACAAAUUUGCCAAAUUUGCUGCCACGUACUUCCAGGGCACGACCACACACACGUAUAUCCGCCGUCCUCUCAAACAGCCGCUCCUGUAUCAUGAGGAUGAGGGAGACCAGCUGGCAGCCCUUGCUGUGUGGAUCACAAUUCUUCGCUUCAUGGGGGACCUUCCAGAACCGAAAUACCACACGGCGAUGAGCGACGGCAGCGAGAAGAUUCCGGUGAUGACCAAAAUUUACGAGACCCUCGGGAAGAAGACGUACAAGAAGGAGCUCCAAGCCUUGCAAGGCGAAGGAGAGAGCGCUCACAUGGACGGCCACAAGAAGAACAGCGUGCGGCACAAACUGGUAUCCCUGACGCUCAAGAAGAAAUCCAAGUUAACCGAAGAGGUGACCAAGCGGCUUCACGACGGCGAGUCCACCGUCCAAGGCAACAGCAUGUUGGAGGACCGGCCGACUUCAAAUCUGGAAAAACUCCAUUUCGUUAUUGGUAAUGGCAUCCUCAGGCCAGGAUUAAGGGAUGAAAUUUACUGUCAGAUCUGCAAGCAGCUGGCUCAGAACCCUUCCAAAAGCAGCCACGCCAGAGGAUGGAUCCUCAUGUCUCUAUGCGUGGGGUGCUUCGCCCCGUCGGAAAAGUUUGUCAAGUAUUUGAGGAACUAUAUCAACGGGGGGCCCCCGGGUUAUGCUCCGUAUUGCGAAGAGCGGCUCAGGAGGACGUUUGCGAAUGGGACCAGGACUCAGCCCCCGAGCUGGCUAGAACUUCAGGCAACCAAGUCGAAGAAACCCAUCAUGCUGCCGGUCACGUUCAUGGACGGGACCACCAAGACUCUGCUGACCGACUCGGCAACGACGGCCAAAGAGCUGUGCAGCUCUCUGGCCGACAAGAUCAGCCUGAAGGACCACUUUGGAUUCUCCCUGUACAUCGCUCUUUUUGACAAGGGAAUCUAUACCCAGAAGAGAGCAGACCCCAAAAAAGUCAAGGAGGAGGUGGUGGAUUUCGCUCGCUUCAAGUGGCCUUUGCUGUUCUCCAGAUUCUACGAAGCGUUCAAGUUCUCAGGGCCCAGCCUCCCCAAAAACGAUGUGAUCGUAGCUGUGAACUGGACAGGAGUAUACUUUGUAGAUGAGCAGGAACAGGUCCUUCUGGAACUUUCCUUCCCGGAGAUUACAGCCGUCUCUAGCAGUAGAGGGGGUAAACUUCAGGGGCAGAGCUUCACCAUGGCAACCAUCAAAGCAGACGAGUACACGUUCACCUCCAACAAUGCUGAGGACAUCCGAGACCUUGUGGUGACUUUCCUGGAAGGCCUCAGGAAAAGAUCAAAAUAUGUGGUCACUCUCCAAGACAACCCAAUUCCUGUGAGCGAGGAUUCUGGCUUCCUCGGCUUCCUCAAAGGAGACCUGAUUGUCCUGGACCAGGACACGGGAGAGAACGUGAUGAACUCUGGCUGGGCCAACGGCGUCAACGAGAGGACCAAGCAGAAAGGCGACUUCCCGACAGAUGCUGUCUACGUCCUCCCCACUGUCACAACGCCUCCUCCAGAGAUCGUGGCGCUGAUCACAAUGACCCCGGACCAGAGGCAAGAUGUCAUCAGGACGGCCUCGUUGGUGUCAUCCGAUAGUGAAGAGAGGACGAAGCCCUACACCCUGGAAGAAUUUUCCUAUGAUUAUUUUAGGCCUCCUCCGAAGCACACGCUCAGCAGGGUCAUGAUCACCAAAAACCGGGGGAAAGACAAGAUGUGGUCCUACACCCGUGAGCCCAUCAAGCAGCCCCUGCUCAAGAAGAUCCUGGGAAGCGAAGAGCUCUCGCAAGAAGCCUGCAUGGCUUUCAUCGCUGUCCUGAAGUACAUGAGCGACUACCCUUCCAAAAGGACCCGCUCGGUGAACGAGCUGACCGACCAAAUAUUCGAAGGGGCUCUGAAAGCCGAACCGCUCAAAGACGAGGUCUAUUCCCAGAUCCUGAAGCAGCUGACCGACAACCACAUCAAGUACAGCGAAGAGAGGGGGUGGGAGCUGCUGUGGCUGUGCACGGGCCUCUUCCCUCCCAGCAAUGUCCUCCUGCCCCACGUCCAGCGCUUCAUCCAGUCUCGGAAGCAUCACCCGCUGGCCAAUGACUGCAUGCAGAGGCUGCAGAAGGCCCUGAGGAACGGCUCUCGCAAGUACCCUCCCCACCUGGUGGAAGUGGAGGCGAUUCAGCACAAAACCACUCAGAUUUUCCAUAAAGUGUACUUCCCAGAUGACACCGACGAGGUCAUCAGUGUGCCUGAAGGCGAUUUCUUCUUUGACUUUGUCAGACACUUGACAGACUGGAUAAAGAAAGCGAGACCAGCAAAAGACGGGAUUGUGCCUUCUCUCACCUACCAAGUGUUCUUCAUGAAAAAGCUCUGGACCCACACUGUGCCUGGAAAGGAUUCGAUGGCUGACUCCAUCUUCCACUACUAUCAGGAAUUACCAAAGUAUCUCCGCGGCUACCACAAAUGCACCCGGGAGGAGGUCCUGCAGAUAGGGGCCCUGAUCUAUCGGGUGAAAUUUGAGGAUGACAAGUCCUAUUUCCCCAGCAUCCCCAAACUCCUGAAGGAGCUGGUGCCUGAACCUCUCAUUCGGCAGCUGUCUCCCGAUGACUGGAAGAGG